AUGUCGUUCCUGCCCGCCGUCCUCAAUCCUUAUGCUCCAUCGCCCACCUCCAACGCGGCGGCGGCCGAUGCCAGCGACCCCUCGUCGACCGUCCCUGCACAGCCACCGCCGCCGCCACCUCCGCCCGCCUACAAGCCGGCUUCCCUGACUUACUUCACCAUAUUCGCGCCCGCACUCCGUCCAAAGGGCGCAGGCUCCGAGGAUGCCGCCGCCGAUGCCGCACAGAUCCUCUUCUACACGUCUCGGGAGCGCGCCGUCACCCAGGAGCGCAUGCUCCGCCAGAUUGGCAUCGCAAAGGGUCUCGUCGAGUUCGGAAAUAUGGUCACCGAUAGCUCUCACAGCAACAGCGCCGACGGAGCCAGACGUCGAGACAGCGCUCCCUUGACCAGGCCCCGGUGCUGGAACGUACACUCGAGCAAGCGCCGCCUCGUCCUCCUCGAGGUCCAGCACGGCCUCUGGAUCCACGCCAGCAUAGACCUCCCCAGCACGGCCCGCAAACUCGCCUCCGCUACCGAGCCCGCCGACGCCGCAGCCGCCUCAUCGCGAAAGAGGGAGUCGCGAGACUACCACGACGCCUGGCUCUCGGACGAGUGGAUCGAAGAGUGCAUCCGCAGCGCCUGGAGAGACUGGCGCCUCCUCAACGGACCGCCCUCGCGCAUCCUCCGCGCCGACAACGGCCGCAAGAGCCUAGAGAGGGCGCUCGAGCGCUACUUCUCCGUCUGGACCUGGAGCUGGAACCUCGAGUCGUCGGUCCAGGCCUCGUCUGACGACGUCCGCGAGCUCGACCAGAGCAUGUUCACCGAGUCGCUUGGGGGAAUAUCUGUCGUGCCGAGCGCGCCACGAUCCAAGCUGGCCCGCCUGAUGAACGACUUUGCCUCAAGGCACCUCGCUGGUGAUGCCGUACCGUCGGUCGCCUACGACGACCAGGCCUCCAACGCUGAUCAACCGCGGCGGCAGACGCAGCAGCAGCGGCAGCAGCCGUGCAAGGAGCUGGUCGUGCUGUCAGACACCCUGGUCCUCUGGCCACCCACGGACGCCGGCUGCUUCGACACGGACGCCGCUGCCGAGGCGCCGGAACUCGCGUCGGACUCGACGCCGCGCUUCCUCGAGGCGAGCGAGCGGGUCGACAUCCUGAAAAGGGUCAUCAGCCACCUCACCGGGCUCGAGCGGGAACGGGCGCUGAUAAGAGCAGCGACGGCGGCGGGUGUGGGCGACAGCAAGCGCAAGACUGUCACGGGCGCCGUGCGCGACAAGAAGAGCAGCCGUAGCAGCAAGAGUCGGCAGACGACGGCGACGGCGCUCAAGAUCAAGACGGCCCCCUCGGCCUCGCCCAAGGGCAAGGGCAACGCCAAGGACGAGAGCGCCUCCAGCACGCCCUCUUCGUUCCAGGACGCCGGCAAGUGGUCGGCUUGGGGCGGCAUGUUUGCAAACAUCGGCAAGGGCCUCACCUUCAAGGGCGCCAGCAGCGAGGUGGCUUCGGAGCGGGGCGUGGUCUCGGAGCCUGCCAGCCCAGAGCAUUCGGCUGCGACCAAACAGGCCGUCGAAGGGCAGGUGGACACGACCGCCCAGGCCGGAUCAGGUCUCGCCUCAUCGGAAGCCAGCGCUGCCGCUGGCGGGGCCAGCGACGAUGCGGGAGGAACCGCAUCGCAGGACGCCACUGGCGGCGCGGCUGCAGUUCAUGUCGACGACACCGGCCACAGCGAGACCAAGGAAGCUUCUGGACCUUUUCAGGGCUUGCAGCAACGCCUUGCCGACGCCAUCCCGAUCCAGGACGCGGGCAAGAUGUGGACAGGCGCCGAAAACGCCUGGAAAGGCCUCGGUGCCUCUCUGGGCCUGGGCAUCAGUGCGACGAGCACGGACGGUGGGAUAGCCCGAUCUGCGCAAGAGGCAGCGAGUCCGACGGCGACGUCCGCGAGUGCCCCUGAUCCUGGAGCUUCAGACAUCGACGCAGACACGACCAUGGACAGUCAGAGGCGUGAGUCGCUCACCCAGCCCGAUGUUGACGUCGCAGAGCUCGCGGAGGCGCUGGGCGACGGCGUGGCUGGUCUUCGACCGAGCCCAGCGACACGCGAGCCCAGCACGGCUACAGUCCGCGCUCGCGACUUUGGCGUCGAGGGCAGCAGAGGCGAUGCCGACGAGUCCGUGGGCUCGGUCAGCGAUGUCUUACAGCCAAGCGGCGGGGCUGUCCUCGACGGCGAUGCGAGCAUCGACGAGGAAGACGGGGGCAAGUCCGAGGACCUGGCGAGGUCGCCGUCGGUCUCGACGACCGAGUCCACAAAGGCAUUCCCGUCGAUCUCGGUCACGUCUGCGGCAUGGUACUCUUCUAAGCCGCUCAAGGCCAAGCCAGCAGCGCCGGUCGCGGCACAGACUGCCGAAACCAGCAAGGAAGAUGCUGCGUCCGGAGGCGGGGUCGGCAAGAUGCAGUCGAUCGAUCCUGCCGGUGAGGCCGUAGCCAAGACGAGCGAGACGUCGACCACGCCGGGACCCGCUGCGGGCGCCGGCAAUCCCCGACUGCAAGCCGAGGAGAAGCUGGCAUCGAUCCACCACGACUUUGAGCUGGAUGGGUGGGGCGACGAGGAGCCGGUCCCGUUCCAGUCCUUUCCGUGCUUCCUCCAUGGCGGCGACGACACGCUCUCCGCCGAGAUGGCCGAGCGCGGGGGCGUAGACGGGGCGAGGGACGGCGACGACGUCGACGACGACGACGAUCUUGUCGAGCUCGAGGUCUCCUUUACGAGCCGUCGCCUGCUGACGAUCGUCAUCAUUGAGCGCGUCGACCGCAACCAGCGACGACGCCGGUCCGCGACCUCGCUGAAGUCGUCAAGGAGCGGCUCUACGCAAGCGUCCGGCGUCGAGAGCAUCCUGUCGCCGGCAUGGGAGGUGCUGCGCCGCGCGCAGCGCAUGCUCAACGACCACGAGCGCGCGCACAAGGCCCGGCUGGCGGGGGAAGAGGAGCGGGCAUCGCGCUUCCUGCACCUCGACGGGGCGACGCUGACGAUGCACAACCGGCUGCACGACGAGACGGCGCAGAAGCUCGACGAGGAGACCGAGGCGUGUGCGCUGGGCCACUGCCUGGCCGCCAAGUCGGUCAUUGAAAGGCACGGCAUCCGCGAGACGUUUGCGCGAUCCAACAACGGCAAGACGUGGGUGGCGAGCCGGGUCGGGCAGCCUCUCGCGUCGCCUGCUGCUGCUGCUGCGGCGGCGGCAGCUGGUACGGGUGCGACUGCGACUGCGAGCGCGGCGGCGCCGACGCUUGCCCAAGCGCGCGGCGAGAUGGCAAGCGCCGUCUGCAACGCCACCUACAUGCUGAUGGGCGGGCGGAGCGUGAGCAUCGUCGAUUGCGACAACGAGCUGCGCCGGGUGGCCAACGAGUUCCCCUCGUUUGGCAUCUGA